GGGAAGCCGCGCGUCUGCUCUCGUCUGGUCCGCCGCGCUCCUAGCCAGGGGGACAGCCCGGACCGAGGAUGGCUUCGACUACCACCUGCACCAGGUUCACGGACGAGUAUCAGCUUUUCGAGGAGCUCGGAAAGGGGGCAUUCUCAGUGGUGAGAAGAUGUAUGAAAAUCCCUACUGGACAAGAAUAUGCUGCCAAAAUUAUCAACACCAAAAAGCUUUCUGCUAGGGAUCAUCAGAAACUGGAAAGGGAAGCUAGAAUCUGCCGUCUUUUGAAGCACCCCAAUAUUGUGCGACUUCAUGACAGCAUAUCAGAAGAGGGCUUCCAUUACUUGGUGUUUGAUUUAGUUACUGGAGGUGAACUGUUUGAAGACAUAGUGGCAAGAGAAUAUUACAGUGAAGCUGAUGCCAGUCAUUGUAUACAGCAGAUUCUAGAAAGUGUAAAUCAUUGUCAUCUAAAUGGCAUAGUGCACAGGGACCUGAAGCCUGAGAAUUUGCUUUUAGCUAGCAAAUCCAAGGGAGCCGCUGUGAAGCUCGCCGACUUUGGCCUAGCCAUAGAGGUCCAAGGAGAUCAGCAGGCGUGGUUCGGCUUUGCUGGUACACCUGGAUAUCUUUCUCCAGAAGUUUUACGUAAAGAUCCUUAUGGAAAGCCAGUGGAUAUGUGGGCGUGCGGAGUCAUCCUCUACAUUCUACUGGUUGGAUAUCCACCCUUCUGGGAUGAAGACCAACACAGACUCUAUCAGCAGAUCAAGGCUGGAGCUUAUGAUUUUCCAUCACCAGAGUGGGACACCGUGACUCCUGAAGCCAAAGACCUCAUCAAUAAAAUGCUUACUAUCAACCCCGCAAAGCGUAUCACAGCCUCAGAGGCACUGAAACAUCCAUGGAUCUGUCAACGUUCUACUGUUGCUUCCAUGAUGCACAGACAGGAGACUGUAGACUGCUUGAAGAAAUUCAAUGCGAGAAGAAAACUAAAGGGUGCCAUCUUGACCACUAUGCUGGCUACGAGGAAUUUUUCAGCAGCCAAGAGUUUGUUGAAGAAACCAGAUGGAGUAAAGAUAAACAACAAAGCCAACGUGGUAACCAGCCCCAAAGAAAAUAUUCCUACCCCGGCGCUGGAGCCCCAAACUACUGUAAUCCACAACCCUGACGGAAACAAGGAGUCAACUGAGAGUUCAAAUACAACAAUUGAGGAUGAAGACGUGAAAGCACGAAAGCAAGAGAUUAUCAAAGUCACUGAACAACUGAUCGAAGCUAUCAACAAUGGGGACUUUGAAGCUUACACAAAAAUCUGUGACCCAGGCCUUACUGCUUUUGAACCCGAAGCUUUGGGUAAUUUAGUGGAAGGGAUGGACUUUCAUCGAUUCUACUUUGAAAAUGCUUUGUCCAAAAGCAAUAAACCCAUCCACACCAUCAUCCUGAACCCUCACGUACACCUGGUGGGCGAUGAUGCUGCCUGCAUCGCAUACAUUAGGCUCACCCAGUACAUGGAUGGCAGUGGGAUGCCGAAAACGAUGCAGUCGGAAGAGACACGUGUGUGGCACCGCCGGGACGGGAAGUGGCAGAACGUUCAUUUUCAUCGCUCGGGGUCGCCAACAGUGCCCAUCAAGCCACCUUGUAUUCCAAAUGGGAAAGAAAACUUCUCAGGAAGCACCUCUUUGUGGCAAAACAUCUAAGGCCUGAAAACCAUUCACAUAUGGGUCUUCUAAACAUCAACAGUGCCACUUCUGCAAUUCUCUGUUCUCAAGGCACCUGGAUGGUAACACUGAGCCGUCCUCUCCUCCUCUUCAUGCAUGUUUCCGAGUGCAUGAAGUUGUGAAGGUCCUCUGUGUAAUGCCUAUGUGAUGCAUCAUCUUGUCAUAGAUUCCUUCCUAUACAUUGUUUACACUUCAACUAUGGGGAUGUUCCAUGCAAACUUCAAUCAUUGUUGGCAAACAAUAGGGGGAGGUCAGCAAAAAAAAAAAAAUUCCACAAUAUUCCCAAGUACAAUCUAGUCAUCCAAUUUCUCUGUUUAUGCCAAGACUUAACAGACUUCAGAGUUAACAUUCUCUGAAUGACAGUUUGUAAGAGAAAAGUAAAUUUUUAAAAACUCUUUGCUGUUCAUCUGUUUUAGCUUGUUUAACAAAAAAAGGCAAAAAACAAAAAAUUACCUUCAGUUUCCUAGUGUGAUCCUGGCUGCAAUGGAUGAUUUUUCACUGAAAGCUGUGUUGCUGUUAGACAAAGUGGGUUGGAUCAUUCAUGAAUGUGGAAGUGAGAAUUAGUGGGUUUUGCUACUAUCUGAAGUCCUGUCUUUUUUGGUCAAACUACAUAAACUGGAAAAACUCACAUCACUGACAAGUUUGAUCACUUUAGGGUAUACGCGCACUGUUCUGGUGAAAUUUGCUGAAUUGAAUUUUUUUGUUCCUUUCUCAAAUCUGUGCUUUUUAAUUUUUUCUCCAUUUUAUCCUAUUUCUUUUAACACUUUGUUUGCUUCCUUUUGUACCUUUUUUUUCAUGCUUUACUUUUUCCUCCCCCCUGUUUAGUAGUGUGAGAAAAGUGAAAUAUGCAUAAUGAAGGUAAAAUAAAAACUGAGGCCUCUUGGAGGUGGCUGGACUCACACUUUGAGCAUCUUCAGGGCCCACAGAGAUGAGGUCAAGAAGAGCUCAAAGGUUUGUAAUUCUGCUCUAAUUUGGACGUAGGGAUCCUAACUAAGCUGGAGGUAUUAGAACUGUUUAAACUUAGAGGAAAGCAAGUAGGUUCCUCCCGUACCUGGAGCGCGUCCUCCUGCGUGGAGCGGUUGCCGGGCAGCACCCAGCUGGUCGUGGAUCUGGAUUUUGUGCAGAGGCACUUUCUUCUGCCUCGCCCCUCCUGCGUGAUCACUGGCUAGGCUUCGGAAGUUCAGAGGAUGGAGAACACUGCAGGCCUGUCUGAGUGUUUUGAACUCUUAUCUCUGUGACUCAUGGUUUUGUAGCUACUCUCAAGUGUCGGAGUAAAAUUACUUCCCUUCUAGGAGUUAGGAUUUUCCUGCUUAAAACAAAGAAAAGGGAAACGUCCCUGUUUUCUUUGUGCUUCUCAUUUUCCCUUUAUUCAGUUCCUGUGGGGCUUUUUCUCCUCCCGAAAUGCUUUAUAGUGCACGGUCUCUUCACCAACCUUAUUUUAACAGCAGUAAUUCACAAUCCUCAGAAGCCUAUUUUUAAAGCAGAGCAAAAAAAAAAAAAAAAUUAAAAAAAAAAAACCCUCCCUCUUUUCUCUCAUUUCACAUUUCUGUGUUGAUUACUAAUCACCUUAGAUAUUGUUACUAGUGGAUGUAUGGUAGAUGGAUUGAAGCUUUUCUGAUAAUUAUUACACGAUUUAAAACAAUAUAUAUUUAAAUAUAUACAGUAAAUGUAUUGAGCCAUGUUAACCUGCCAAUGAGAUCUGUGAAAAAGUAAUGGCCUCAUUUUUCCCUUUUUAAUUUCUUUUACCUUUUUGUGAAAUGGCUAUACGUGGCAUACAUGUAUUUUAGAAAAAUAUUAGGUAUAGAGUUUUGGUUGUUUUUUUUUUUUACACUUUUAGCAUGUGGUGUUGAAGUAUUACUGUAGAUCAAGUUUGUCUUCCACACUAUGAUGUGAGGAAAUUGUGAUUUGUUCUCUCCACCACAAUGGAAUUACACAUUUAUUAUCUUCUCUCAUUUUGAAACACUGCAGUUUACCAUGGGACACUGUAUAUAUUUCUUGCCAUAAUGGUAAAUGACUAAUUGAUAUAUUUAAGAGUUAAUAAAUUUGUGAUUUCUGCUGA